ACUCGCGCGCUCCCGGCCCCGCGCGCUCCGGGCCCUGAGUUUCUCUCGGCUCCUGCCUGUGAGGUGACUGCGCUGGGAAAUAUGGCGACCGAGGGAAUGAUCCUCACCAACCACGACCACCAAAUCCGUGUCGGGGUCCUCACAGUGAGUGACAGCUGCUUUCGGAACCUUGCAGAAGACCGAAGUGGGAUAAACCUCAAAGACCUGGUCCAAGAUCCUUCUCUGUUGGGUGGGACUAUAUCGGCUUACAAGAUAGUACCAGAUGAAAUAGAAGAAAUCAAGGAAACACUGAUAGAUUGGUGUGAUGAAAAGGAACUUAAUUUGAUUUUAACAACCGGAGGAACUGGAUUUGCACCACGAGAUGUCACUCCAGAGGCUACAAAAGAAGUAAUAGAACGGGAAGCUCCAGGGAUGGCCCUUGCAAUGCUGAUGGGAUCACUUAAUGUUACACCUCUGGGCAUGCUAUCUAGACCUGUAUGUGGAAUCAGAGGGAAAACGCUCAUAAUUAACCUGCCAGGUAGCAAGAAAGGGUCCCAGGAAUGUUUUCAGUUUAUACUGCCAGCCCUACCUCACGCCAUUGACCUUUUACGUGAUGCCAUUGUAAAAGUAAAAGAGGUGCAUGAUGAACUUGAAGAUUUGCCCUCUCCACCGCCUCCUCUUUCCCCUCCUCCUACUACUAGCCCCCACAAACAGACAGAAGACAAAGGGGUUCAGUGUGAGGAAGAGGAAGAAGAGAAGAAAGACAGUGGCGUUGCUUCAACAGAAGACAGUUCCUCAUCACAUAUAACAGCAGCAGCAAUUGCAGCCAAGAAGCAUCCAUUCUACACCAGUACUGCUGUUAUCAUGGCACACGGUGAGCAGCCCAUUCCUGGUCUCAUCAGUUAUUCCCAUCACGCAACAGGCAGUGCAGGAGAACGGAUUCCAGAUUCCAUCAUUUCCCGUGGUGUUCAGGUGCUCCCAAGAGAUACCGCCUCCCUCAGCACUACCCCUUCAGAAUCUCCUCGUGCCCAGGCUACAUCUCGCCUUUCCACAGCUUCCUGUCCAACACCAAAAGUCCAGUCCAGGUGCAGCAGCAAGGAGAAUAUUCUCAGAGCCAGUCACAGUGCUGUUGAUAUCACCAAAGUGGCAAGAAGACAUCGCAUGUCUCCAUUCCCACUUACGUCUAUGGAUAAAGCUUUCAUUACGGUCUUAGAGAUGACACCGGUGCUUGGAACAGAAAUCAUCAACUACCGAGAUGGGAUGGGAAGAGUCCUUGCUCAAGAUGUAUAUGCAAAAGACAACCUACCCCCCUUCCCAGCAUCAGUAAAAGAUGGCUAUGCUGUCCGAGCUGCUGAUGGCCCAGGAGACCGUUUCAUCAUUGGGGAAUCCCAGGCUGGUGAACAGCCCACUCAGACAGUGAUGCCAGGACAAGUCAUGCGGGUUACAACAGGUGCUCCAAUCCCCUGUGGUGCUGAUGCAGUAGUACAAGUAGAAGAUACUGAACUCAUCAGGGAAUCCGAUGAUGGCACUGAAGAACUGGAGGUACGGAUUCUAGUGCAAGCUCGCCCAGGCCAGGAUAUUAGACCCAUUGGCCAUGACAUUAAAAGAGGGGAAUGUGUAUUGGCCAAGGGAACCCACAUGGGCCCAUCAGAGAUUGGUCUCCUGGCAACUGUUGGUGUCACAGAAGUUGAAGUUAACAAGUUUCCAGUAGUUGCAGUCAUGUCAACAGGGAAUGAGUUGCUGAAUCCUGAAGAUGACCUCUUACCAGGAAAGAUUCGAGACAGCAAUCGUUCAACUCUCCUAGCAACAAUUCAGGAACAUGGCUACCCAACCAUCAACUUGGGAAUUGUAGGAGACAACCCAGAUGACUUACUCAAUGCCUUGAAUGAAGGUACUAGUCGUGCGGAUGUCAUCAUCACAUCAGGGGGUGUAUCCAUGGGAGAAAAGGACUAUCUCAAGCAGGUGCUGGACAUUGAUCUUCAUGCACAGAUCCAUUUCGGCAGGGUUUUUAUGAAACCAGGCCUGCCAACAACAUUUGCAACCUUGGACAUUGAUGGUGUAAGAAAAAUAAUCUUUGCACUACCAGGAAAUCCUGUAUCAGCUGUGGUCACCUGCAAUCUCUUUGUUGUCCCAGCACUAAGGAAGAUGCAGGGAAUCCUGGAUCCUCGACCAACAAUUAUCAAAGCCAGGUUAUCAUGUGAUGUGAAAUUGGAUCCUCGCCCAGAGUACCAUCGGUGUAUCCUGACUUGGCAUCACCAAGAACCACUGCCUUGGGCUCAGAGUACAGGGAAUCAAAUGAGUAGUCGUCUGAUGAGUAUGCGCAGUGCCAAUGGACUGUUGAUGCUACCUCCAAAAACUGAGCAGUAUGUGGAACUUCACAAGGGUGAAGUGGUGGACGUCAUGGUCAUCGGAAGGCUAUGAUGGUCACCAGCAAGAACAAAGCUUUGAUGCAUGUCUACAUAUCACUGACUGUAUCCUGUAAUAUGCAACGGCACAGCUAGUUUUUCUGAUUUGGAUAAAAGUUGAUCAGUAUAGUCAACACCUUGACCUAUAUUUCAAAUGAAUUUAAAUAAAUACCUUUUAAAAAAAACACCUAAAAAUAAAAUCUUAACAAAGAAAUUUCUUCUGAUUAUAUCAAAGCAACUUUUUCCUUUCUUGCAAUUGCUUUGUGUGUUCAAUGCUAGGUCUGAUAGCGGUAGCUUUUAGUAGACAGCAGUAGGUGCCUGCAGAACUUGUGUUUUUCUCAUCUUUAAAAUACAACUACUUAUGCUCUUUAAACAAGGCUGUCUGCUUAUUUAUACUAGCUUAGGAAAUACUUGGAUUUCCCUUCUCAGUAUGCUUCAUAACCACUUCACAGAGAGCUUUGGCUUGUUCUUUCUCUUGUAUCUCGUGUUUAUGUGCACAGUGCCAAAAGAAGACUGUGUGGGGAUCUCGCUCUGCCUUGGGGUGUGCCAUCCCCUUUGCAGCAGGGUCCAGGGGAAUCUUCCAUCCCAGCAGCCACCUGGCACAGUCCUCUUGGGCAAUAACUGGAUACCUUUUAUUUGAACAAACAGAAAAAAAAAUUGCUUCCUUAAGUGCUGACAGCCUUUUUAACCAAUACAUUUAAAAAUGUACAGAACUAAAAAAAAAUAUAAAGAAUCAAAGACUGAUCUUGUACAGAUAUUAGUGUUACCAGCAUUCAUGUGGAAAUUAAAUGAGAAGAGAAAUAAGAAACCUAAUGUUGAACAAUUCUGUACCAUAACAUUUUCUGUAAUGAUAUUAAAACUUAAUGAAUAAAAAAAAUCCUUGAUCAUUAUUUAAAA